CUGCAGUUCAUGUCAGUAUAUCAGCACUCACGCACCGAAAUCAACAUAUAAAUACACAGACAGCAGUGACAACAUCACAUACUGUUAUUAUACCUAAUUAAAUACUAAUAAGCGAUUAAAUAAAGACUGUCCUUCCGGCACCGAAGACUGAUCGACGAGUUUGGAAUAGUCUCUUUGAAUUAAGAAAGCUGUUAAUAUUUCCAAUGGAAGACCUUCAUCUCCAUUGCCUGAACUGUGUGAACCGACGAUGUAUGAUAAGAACAGAGGCUAGCGUUUCCUGUGACCUCAUGGGUUGCCCUCUUGUGUGUGGGGCUGUUUUCCACUCAUGCAAACUGAAUGAACACCAUUUUCUGUGCCCUUAUGAAAGAGUGCCAUGUCUGAACCAUGGAUUUGGAUGUCCAUUUACAAUUGCCAGGGUCAAAAUGGCGCAACACCUUAAAACGUGCCCAGCCAGUGUUGUAUGUUGCACUAUGGAAUGGAAUCGAUGGCCGGUUAGUUAUGCAGAUAGCAAGUCCUACGAGAACUUGAGUAAGGAUGUUUGUGAUGUGGAGCAGCUUGACAUGGCUUUGGCCCUACAGGAUCAGCGUAUGUUACUAGAAUCUCUUAAAGUCGCAACCACUGUGACAAAAAAUGUCGAAGAGCAAAAUCAGGAAAAUGAAAGGAUGAAAACAGAUGAGGAACCAUUCGGUCAACCGUACAUUGCUUCUGUUGAAAACAGUAGAGUUUUAGCAGAAACUUUGGACAUUCUCAGUAGUGCAAAGGAUAUUGACUUGAUCGUAGACAAUCACAAUGGUGAGGAAGAGAAUGGAGCUUGCAACAGUUUCAGGAAUGGAGAUGGGGACCAUAGGAAUGACGGCAUGAAGGAAAGUGACACGGAUUCAGACUCUGAGUUGGGAGCUGUUGGUGGAGUUGACUGUCCUUUUCCUGUAGACCCUGAAGAAGAAAGAGAUGAUUGGUUAGAGAACAACAGAUAUGGUGAGUCUUCUGAGGAAGAAGAGGAAGUGAAUGGUGGAAUAGAACUUAAUGGAUAUCAUGAUGAAGGGAAUGACGACAACCUGCUCAAACUUAAAAGGGUUCUUCUGGAUGGAGCUGCAACGAUCAAUGGUUCCUCAAACGUUAAGCAAGUGUUGCCAUAUCAUUCUAUGCCUAUUGUAGCACGGGAGCCAGAAAUGGCCCCUUUGGCCCAGCUACCUCUCCCUUUGCCCAUUGCUUUGCCUAACCUGAUGCACAACAAUGUUCUGCACCAUUUGCAUUUUAGAAUUGAAGACCGAUGGUUGGAACGCAAAUUGGAGAACCUCCAGGUACUCAGGGGCAUGAGUUUGUUUACAAUCAAUGGGCGGAGGAGUCUGUUUUCUGAUCCCUAUUUAUUCAAAGCCAAGAUGGAGGAUAAGGCAGUGGACACAUCGGACCUUGACGUGGCAGAUGAUCCAAUGGGUUUGCAUGGCAUUGACCUCAUCACUGCUGCCUUGCUCUUCUGUUUGGGUGACUCGCCUGGCGGCAGGGGCAUCUCGGACAGCCGUUUUGUUGAUGGGUAUCGCAUUGACUUCGGUACGCAGACCUUCUCGUUCCCUUCUGCCAUAUUGGCUACCAGCACCAUGGUAGGCGACAUUGCCUCUGCGUCUGCCUGUGAUCAUGCCAGUCCACAAUUGUCCAACCCAAGCCCAUUCCACACCCUGAGGUUAGACUUGGUUCUGGAGUGCGUGGCUCGCUAUCAAACCAAGCAACGCUCAAUGUUUACCUUUGUGUGUGGACAGUUGUUUCGUAGGGAUGAGUUUUCCUCCCAUUUUAAGAACGUUCAUGGGGACAUCCAUGCAGGUCUUAAUGGAUGGAUGGAGCAAAGAUGCCCACUGGCGUACUAUGGAUGCACAUACUCACAAAGAAGGUUCUGUCCCUCAGUACAAGGUUUCAGAAUCAUCCAUGACAGACAUUUGGGCUCAUUUGGCGUGCAGCCAGGUCUAGCAGAGUGUUCAGAUGAACCUCUCUCCAGAAACACCUGUCAGUUUGACUCACACUGUGACCACCUUAGUGGCAUGCCCUUUGAGUUACUCCAGCAUAUUGCAAGCUUCCUAGAUGGUUUUAGCCUGUGCCAACUGUCCAGAGUGUCUCGCACCAUGAGGGAUGUGUGUGCCAGUUUACUUCAGUCCCGUGGUAUGGUAGUCCUCGUCUGGGAGAAGACACAACGUGCUGAUGGAACCUCAUCCUGGCAGAUACAAGACAAGGUGUGGCGGUUCAGUACAGCUUUUGACACUGUGAAUGAGUGGAAGUUUGCCAACAUUUCCAGCAUGGCGGAUCACCUGAAGACGUGCAAGUUCAACACAGUAUCACACCGGGAAGACGCUGUCCCUCUUCCAUGCAUGAGUUUCACAAGAGAACUUACAAAGGAGGGGCGCUCACUGCGAUCAGUGCUAAAACCUGUGAUAUAGGCUGUAAUCAUAUGCAAACAGAAACUGCUCUUAUAUUUUCCAAUUUGACAGAAGAGGAUUGCGUUUCAUUUUAUAAUAUAGCAUGCCUUAUCUGUUUAAGUAAACCUUUAUAAAGUAAAGAAUUUUUAUGGCAAAGUAAAAUAAACCUUGAGCCUCAAAUUAAACCACUUUUGGAAGAGAUUUUUCUAAUAAACAAUAUCUACCUGUUUGAUGUAAAGAUAAUGGUUAUAUUGUCUGCAUAUUUUGAUACAAUAUAUUUGGAAACUUUUUGGAGUUUUAUUGUUUUUGUUGAGAUGUGUAGCCUCAGACUAGAAAAAAAAAUGGUUAAAUAGUAAUGACCAAAAGGAAAUAAUUGUCUAAAUUUUGUAAUGCAGGAGUUCAGGAUGCAUGUGACCAGUGGUUCUCUAUUGGUUUGCUUACAGAUCCAGAUUUUACAUUGGACAUCUAGUGGCGAAACAACACAGCACCUUGCGUGACCUAUAUUUAAUAUAGUCUGGUCAUGUAUUCUUUUACCUUGCAUAAUUUUAAUGGUUUUUGAGAAUGGGGGCAUGUCAUACAACAUGUCAAGUAAACAUCUUAUUUGACUAGCUUCUACCAAGAUGAAUUUGCUCUAAAAUAUUAUAGAGUUUGAUUGGAUGUACAGACUUUGACGUCAACAACAAAAGGUAUUUAUUUUGCAAACCUUAAAUAUCUAUGAUGGUAUGCUUUGUUGCAUUUUAUUAUUUGCAUUUAGCAUUGUUUUUUGCUGCUGUCUGUGAAACUAUCAGAACAGAUAUGCAACCCAUUUUGAGGUCAAGGCCCAGUUGAGAACCACUUUAAAAAUCUAUAAAUUAGUUUUAGGCAUUUUUCAUUUUUACCACUCAGUUGAAAACAAAUAGCAGUUAUACUUGAUACUCUCACACACAGCACUUCCACUAGAAUCUUCUGUCUUUCAGAAAGUAAACAAACAUUGAUUAUGUCAGCCGACUUUAACUGUUUGUGCCAUUAUGUUGAAUUCCCAGGCAAAUAAUUCAUCCAAAAAUGUACUGUAUUGAUGUCAAUGGUAUGUGCUGUAUGACAAAACGUAUUUCUCAUUACAAUCUUUGUGAUUUUGAGUCAAUGUACCAAAACCUGCAGGACAGGUACAAGACUGCAGUGCAUCUAAACAAACUUCUCUGUAUCUCAGGAGUUUUACAUGAAACAUAUGCCAUUAUAGAGGGCUUUGUUUGUGACAAAGAAACAGUUUUUUGUGAUGCUCUUCCAAUAUUACUUAAGACAAGCCAGUGUUUACGGUUUCUACAGAGUUCAGUUUUACCUAAUUUUUUUUAGACUUACAGUUAAAAAUGUUCAUUAUGGUAACAUUAUGAAAUAUUUUCAUUUGGAGAGGAUAUAAUUAUCCAUACCUUUUAGGUUAUGUUGAGAGAUGUUGUAAAAUAAUUAUCUGAAUAACAUGCUUUACAUUCUACAGUCAGAGCUCCUGAUAUUUAUGUUUAGUGAUUUAUAUUGAGCAAUAUUCUGAACAUUCUUCUAGUGUCUUUGAACUUUGAAGUGCCAAACAGUGCUUAUUUAUAAGACUUUACCAGCCGAUGUGCACCAUGUUAUAAUGUAUUUGUUGAAGUGAUUUAUCUCUAAAGGAACAAAAUGCAUUUAUAUAUUGUGUAAACACAGAGUGGGAGCACAUUUUUGAACAAUUGUGAAUAGUAUGAAUUUAUUGAAAUAUUACUGUAUUUCUCUAUGUUUUCCUGCCAUUACAUAGGACCUAUAAACAAGAAUGAGGGGAAUCAGGAUUUUAAAUCAGAGCCCAAGAGGUUGAUACCAAAUUGUGCUGUUUUGUUACUUGUUUGGAAGAGGUUGGUUUAUGUACUAUGUGGUUUGCACUGUGCUUUUAUUUUGAAAAUAAGCAUAUACACUAUAUGGCCAAAAGUUUGUGGACACCCCCUUCUAAUUAACGAAUUUGGUUACGCCAUUAAAUCCAGUAAAGAAAAAUCUUAAUGUUUCUUUAUGUAAUGGCUUGGGCUUUGGGGAUAGCCCUUUUCUGUUCCAGCAUGACAAUGCCCCUGUGAACAAAGUGAGGUCCAUAAAGAAAUGGUUUACUGUGUCUGGCGUGGAAUAAAUUGACUGGCCUGCACAAAGCCCAGACCUGAACCCCACUGAUCACUUUUGGGGUGAACUGGAACAGCAACUGUAAGUCAGGCCCCAUCGACCAUCAUCAGUUCCUGACCUCACUGAUAGCCUUGUGUCUGAAUGAGAGCAAAUCCCUGCAGCCAUGUUACUACAUACAGUAUAGUGGAAAGCCUUCCAAAAGAGUGGAAGCUGUUAUUACAGCAAAGGGGAAAAUGAUGCCUAAGGUUUUGAAAUCAAAUGUUCAUCAAGCACAUAUGGUGUCCACAAACGUUAAUUUAAUGCCAUCUCCAAACAUUGAGGCUGAGUUUGGAAUGUGCUACUAUCACACUUCUUUUACUAUUUCUGCCAUAGAUAGAAAUGGCAGAAGUUGCAUGGGUAGUAUGUCAUUUCAAACUCAGCGUGGCACAUGCUCUGAAGAAUCUUGCUUUGGGAAUUGAAAAGCCCAUAUAGAUCUAUUAUUGUGUCAUUCGUGACCUCAUGCAUGCUAGUGCUCAAAGGCUCGUUUUCUGUUGUAAAGAAUCCAAAUGUUUGAUGUUUAUCUUGGUAAAUGAACCUAAACUGUUUUUGUGUGUGUGUGUGUCAUCUUAUCAUCAUUUGCAUUUUGUUAGUUUUGUUUAACAAAUUCCAAAGAGAUCCAAUCACUGGUGUGAUGCUUGACUAAGCACAAGAUAGGCAGCCAGCUAAAUUUCAAAUAUUUAAAGUUAAAUCAUUAUGCAAAGCUAAAAGAAAUGAAUUUGCCAUUGUAUGAAAUCAAUCACUUAAUGGUUGUUCGACCUCCUGCUACACUAUUUGUUUUAAAUGUAACUGUUUAAUUAUUAAAUAUACUAAUUAAUGGAUCAAAA